GAAACCAUUUGUCUGUGUUACCAUGGAUACCUGUGCAGCAUCCUUCUCGGGAGCUCCUCACCAGACCACCCAUCAGCGUGUCCACACUGGGAGGACACAAUUUGCUUGUUGCGUUUGUGGACAAGCAUUUUCUCAUAAAGGCAACUUAAUAGCUCACUUAAGAGUUCACAAUGGAGAGAAACCAUUUGUUUGUGACAUUUGUGGACAGGCAUUUCCAACAAAAAACAACCUUGUCCGCCACCAGAGAAUCCACUCUGGAGAGAAACCAUUUACUUGUGACCUUUGUGGACUGACCUUCUCAUUAAACAGUUCACUGACACGCCAUCAGCGUGUCCACACCAAAGAGAAGCCAUUUGUUUGUGACAUUUGUGGGAAAGCCUUCUCACAAAAACAUUCCUUGACCAUCCAUCAGCGUAAGCACACUGGGCAGAAACCAUUUGUUUGCGACGUUUGUGGAAAAGCGUUUUCUCAUAAAAACAGUUUAACUAGCCAUCAGAGAGUCCACACUGGAGAGAAACCAUUUGUUUGUGACAUUUGUGGAAGUUCUUACAGAAAUAAAGCUUCCCUGACUCGCCAUCAGCGUGUCCACACUGGAGAGAAACCGUUUGUUUGUGAUAUCUGUGGGAAAGCUUUCUCGCAUAAGCUGACACUGAAACGCCAUCGGUGUGUCCACAUUUACAUUGACACGAAUCCAAUGAUUUGUGACAUUUGUGGAAAAGUCUUCAUCUACAAAAGCCAACUGAUCCAUCAUCAUAACACACUGCAUCCAGCAGUACACACUGCAGAAAAACAUUCUGUUGUGAUGUAGAAAUCUUCCUCCUGAAUUUUAAAAUCAGCUUGUUUUCACUUGAGAGAACUUGUUCUCGUGACAUUUCUAGAGUAACCUUCACUCUGAUGCAAACACUGUGCCAGCAGUAUUAAAGGAACACGUUGCCUUGGAUCUGUCGAGUUGGUCUUUGAAAAGCGUUUGUAACCGUUAACAAAAAAAAUGCAUAUGCGUAGAAAGAUGUUAUCAAAGUAGAUCCUCACAAACAUGCCUCGAAAUUGCACGGUUUUCCUUACUUCGUCGACUAACACGGUCAGUCAUU